UGCUAAGUAACGCUUGCGAUAAAAACAAUCAACGACAAAGCUCAUAAAAUUUUUUCGUGAUUUUCAACAAUUUUUUAUUUCAAUGAUAAAUCAUGAGUGCGAUAGGAUCCGUAGAAUCUAGAGGAUCCAGUGGUUCCAGUCGACGUUCGCUUAAUCGACAAUAUCGCACUAUAAAUAAAGUUUCCACUGUGGAUGAAAGUCUAUUUGGAUUACCGACUAAAGCUCGUCAAAGACAGAAGUCGGCAAAUGAUGAUGUUUUGCUGUUGACUUCUCGACAAGAAUUACCAAACUCAACUGUAAAGCAAAGAUCAAAUGACCCAGAACUCAUUGAAAUUAUCACAAAGGAUAUGAUAAGAAAAUUAAAAGUACCUGAGGAAGAUCCAUCUGGAAAAUCUGUAGUUUUGGACAGAAAUGACUUUAAUCGAAUCAAAAGUGCAUCCUAUGUUUUGAGUAAAGAGGAAAAACUUAAUGUGGUAGAGGAAGCAAAGAAAAGAAAAAAAGAACUUAUGAAUGCUUGUGAAGAAAGGAAAAAUUUCAUGCAGACAAUGGAAUUAAAUCGCAAAGAAAAUGAGAAACUAUCAGAUUUGGAACAGGAAGCAAAAGAAAAGUCUCAAUAUCUUCUUGAAAAAGCCACAGAGCAAAUGGAGGAACAAGAGGAUGAAAUAAAGAAAUUGAACGAAUUGAUUUUAAACGCUAAAUGUCAUGCCAUACGUGAUGCUCAACUUGUUGAAAAAGUUGAAGUAAAAAAAGAAAUGUUGGAUGAAGAAACUCGACUUGAUGAAAUGAUGGAACUCGAACGUCGUAAAGCUCUACAAGAAUAUGAAGAACGUGAAAAAAUUAGACAAAUUGAGAGGAUAAAAGGCGCUCAAAUCAUACAAAAACAAAUUGCUGAGAAUGAACAGAAACGACUGCUCGAUGAACAGAAGAAGGACCAAGAAACACAGGCAAUGCUUCAAUAUUUGGAGAAACUUCAGCAGGAGGACCUUGACGAACUGAUGAAAAAAAGAGAAACGCAGAAGCAACUUAUGGAAGACGUAAACAAAGCAAAUGAGGAAAUGCAGCGAUUGAGGAAACUCAAGAAUGAACAAGAAAAACUUGCUGAUAUCAAAGUUAUGGAAUAUUUGAAGGAAAAAUUAGCACGAGAAGAGGCGUUCCAAGAAGAACUUGAAGGACAACGCAUUGAACGAGAAAAAGAAAUUGCUAGGUUAAGAGCUCAGCAAGAACAAGCUAAGGAUAAACAAGCUGAACAGAAUGCUUUGCGAGCAAAGAGAAAUCAUGAAGAAGCUGAAAGGAAUUGGCGUAAAAAAGAGAGAGAAGAAGCUUUAAAAAAGGCAGAAAGUGAAAAAAUGUUAAAGGAAGCAAGAGAACGUCAAGUCAAAGAUAAGGAACAUUUCCUAGCUGUACAGGCUGCUCGAGAUAGAGCUGAAUUUGAACGUGUGCUAGUAGCUCAACAAGAACGACUACAACGAGAUGAGGAAAUCGAUAAACAAAGUUCAAUAAGAAGACAUCGUUUUGCUCAAGAUAUCCGAGAACAAAUCUCCGAGAAAGAAAAAGAAAAAGUACACUUGAGAAAAACUUACUUUGAAGAAGGAGAGAAAUUAAACAAAGAAGCUAAAGAGCGGAGACAAAAACUUGACGAAAUCAAGCGCCGAAAGUUGAAGGAAUUAAGAGAUGCUGGAGUACCAGAUAAAUAUUGUAAUGAAGUUGCUCGACGUGUUGCUGCUCCACCACUGUAUUAAACUAACAUGUAGUGACAAUGUAAGAUUUUAGCUAAAGUAAACUUCAAAACUGAAUGAUAUAUUUACCCGGAAAAAUUUUAUAAAUUGUACAAUAAAAUGUGUUCACUAAUA